GCUGAUCGGUGAAGUACUAAAGUGUCCGAAGAUAACGAUUAAGAAUAGUUUUUAUAUGUCAGCCAAUUUCCUAGCUAACGCAAGUCAGUGAAUCAUGCAAGUUUACAAUUGAUUACUGCUUGGAAACUAAACCUAGACUUCGCUACGUGAAGAGAAAACACAAUGGAGACGCUUGGUGGAUUUGAAAAUUGAAUUGCAUUGUGUUUCGGCGCCAAAGGUUCACGCUGUUGAAAUUUUCGCCCGUGAUGAUUGUCGACGCUGAUCGCCGGCCGGCAGUUUUGUGCUUCGACCCGUCGAUCUAUUCUCGUUCUCAAUCUGGCUGGUUUUCUGACGAGAGGAUAUCACACAUUGCCUGCGAGGAAGCACCGUUGUUUACUGUGACGGAAUCGGAUACACACAGCUUGUCGUCAUAAAUUAAGUGAAACUCAGAUAUCCCACAGUUCACGACGGGACACUAGGGCGAACGGACGACCUAUCAAAGCGGACAUACAUCAGUACACGCUAGGCGUUUGAAAGACAGUAGUGCAAUUCCGAUUACAUAACUUGUGAAAAGAUAAAUAAAGAUACUUGACCCAGCGAGGCAACGAGAUAGAGUUCACAACCAUGCAUUUCACACUGAUUCAGUACUUACUGACAGCGCUCGUUGCAUUUGGCUCUACGGCGAGGUGCUCCAAAAUACUCGUACUGGUACCCUUCCCAGCCCCCAGCCAUUGGCUUUGGCUGCAGCAUUUCGUCCACGAGUUGCUAGACCGAGAACAUGAAGUGACCGCCAUUACCAAUUUUGCUGCCACAGAACAACAUGCCAAUUACACGGAGAUUUUGAUUGAUCCACCCUACGAUAUACCGUACUAUUUCCCUACAUCGGAUAUAUUUGAUGCGAAAUAUGAAAGCGACCUAUCGAAUCUGUUUCUGUACUGGAACGUGGGACUCGCCACUACCAAAUAUGCGUUGAAAAACCCAAACGUUCAGCAGUUCAUAGAGCAAGAUGAUAACACGUUUGAUCUCGUGAUUUCGGAGCAAUUUUUUCAAGAAGCAUUCCUAAUGUUUGCCCAUAAAUAUCGGGCACCAAUUGUGACCAUUGGAACUCUGGGUUAUUCGGAUUACAUGGAUCAAGCAAUGGGGUUAUUGACGCCAUGGUCGUUUGUUCCACAUCCAAUACUUUUGUACACCGAUGACAUGAGCUUUAGUCAACGUUGCUACAAUUUUAUAGUUUCUACAACCGACGCUCUCAUACGAAGAUUUUACUACAUGCCUAGACAAGAUAAACUUGCCAAAAAAUAUUUCACUUCCAUUGAAGGGCCAGAAUCGUUUCCAUCGGUUUACGAACUGGAGAAGUCUAUCUCCGUGAUGCUGAUUAACAGUCACACAUCCGUGACUCCCCCUAGGCCAUCAAUUUCCGGCUUGGUUAAUGUAGCCGGUGCUCACAUCAAGUCGAACAGUCUGCUGCCAAGAGAUAUCGCGCGUUUUCUUAAUAGUGCCAGCGAAGGAGUUAUCUUUUUCAGUCUUGGAUCUUAUGUUAAAAGUGUCGACAUGCCGAAAGAUAAACUAAAAGCCUUUUUCGAAGUAUUUCGCAAUAUAAAACAAAAGGUUCUGUGGAAGUUCGAGGAUGAAACAAUGACCAAUGUCCCGAAGAAUGUGAUGAUCGGGAAUUGGUUGCCACAAAGUGAUAUUCUAGCCCAUCCAAACGUCGUUUUAUUCAUCACCCAUGGAGGAAUAUUCGGAAGUCAGGAGGGACUUUAUCGUGGUGUUCCAAUGCUAUUCAUUCCAUUUUAUGGAGACCAAUAUCGAAAUGCUUUGAGAGCAGAACGUGCAGGGUAUGCUCUGUCAUUAAAUUUCGGGGAUGUCAAUGUCAUUACACUUGGAUCCAGAAUCAACGAAUUACUUACAAACCCGGCAUUUAGAAGAUCAGCCAAAAAAGCAUCGGAGCUGUUCCGUGACAAUUUGGUUCCUCCCAUGGAGGAAGCCAUGUUCUGGAUUGAGUAUGUAAUCCGUCAUAAGGGCGCCAAGCAUCUGAAAUCAAUUUCAGUUGACCUUAGCUGGAUACAGUACUUAAUGCUGGACGUGCUUGCAUUUUUCUGUCUAGUAAUCGGUUUCAUUGUUGUGCUUAGCUGUAGGAUAUUGAGGACAUUUACAGCAAAAACGAGUAAUCAAAAUACGAAAGAACAGCGAAAACAUGUUACCUCAUUAAAAACAGCGAAUCACGGGAAGUUCAAAUUUAAUUAAAUAGUUUAAGGAAGUUUAUACAUUACACUAAAAUAUAAGCAGA